AUGUUCGUAUUAUUUGUCUUAGUACCAAAACAACAUAAUAACUACAUUCUUGAUUUCCUCAAUGAGCAAUAUACGACAAGAGGAGCAUUGUUAAACUGGAACAGGAGGCGCCAUAUAAUUGAAGGGGUGGCUCAAGGAUUACUCUACCUCCACAAACACUCACGUUUGAGGGUAAUACAUAGGGACUUGAAAGCGAGCAACAUUCUAUUGGAUGAAAAUAUGAAUCCGAGGAUAUCAGAUUUUGGCCUUGCCCGAAUAUUUGGAUCGAAUGAAAGCCAUGCUAAUACAAGCAGAGUUGUGGGAACACAUGGUUAUAUGGCUCCUGAGUAUGCCUCGGAGGGACAAUUCUCAAUCAAGUCGGAUGUAUUCAGCUUUGGAGUGUUGCUAUUGGAGAUCAUCUCUGGUAAAAGAAACAAUGGAUUCCACCAAACUGGGAACAGCGGCAAUCUUCUUGGAUAUGAGAAGGUUGGACAAAGGAGUGGUAGGAAAAAAAAGCGCAACACAAAACCUUACAGUCUUUAUGUUUGGCUAUUAUGGACAAGAGAAAAUUGGUGUGAGCUCAUUGACCCUUGCUUAGAUGUUAAGCAUCCAAAUAUGGAGAUUAUGAGAUUCAUUAAUGUCGGGUUAAUGUGCGUACAAGACGACGCAGUCGACCGCCCUACAAUCUCGGAUGCUAUCUCGUUGCUCAUGAAUGAGAGCACAAGCUUGCCUGACCCAAAGAAGCCUGCUUACUUUAGGAACAAAGGAGAAGAUCCAAAGUUAGAGGAACAAUACAGUGUAAACCAGAUGCACUAUGGACGUUAUAAAAACUCAAAUCAGUUUGCAAAACAUCCUGAUGAGGUACACAAUCAUUUGAGUGAUGAUAAGCUGGAUCUUUCUUCUAAUUUGCUUGUCACGCUGAUCCUGUGGUUAAGAUAUUGGUACAACUACUUCUAA